GUCUCCGACAGGACCCGGCGUGGUGGUGAUGCAGCUCAACGUGCCCAACGGCCCCCAGCCCCCUCAGAACCCUUCUAUGGUGCAAUGGAACCACUGCAAGUACUACAGCUUGGACCAGCGAGGGCAGAAGCCUGGCGACAUCUACAACCCAGACACCAGCGCUCAGGCCAGCAGCACACAGCUGAACAGCCCCCUCACCUCCCCCACCCAGUCCCCAACUCCGUCACCUGUCACCAGCCUCAACAGUGUCUGCACGGGUCUUAGCCCUCUCCCAGUGCUCACGCAGUUCCCCAGGCCCGUGGGCCCGGCACAAGGUGAUGGGCGCUAUUCUUUGCUGGGCCAGCCGCUGCAGUACAAUCUCUCCAUCUGCCCCCCACCUCUGCUGCACAACCAGUCUAGCUAUACGGCACACCAGGUGAGAGUAGGCACAGGGGCACGUGGACAGUGGGGCGUGAGUGUCCCUGUGACCCAAAGCCAGAGUAGGGCUGCAGGAGUAUGGCAGGGUCUCAAAGUGCCUUCUGGCCAAUGUAUAAGUUUGGACAUGUGUUUUUGCUGCUACAGGAUAAUAAUGUUUAUUUUAUCAACAAAAGAUUACAGGAAAAGGGAAGAAAGUUAACAGUAAUAACUGUAAGAAUAAUAAUCAAAAGAUAAGAGGGGGAAAAGGACGAAUGGGAAGAAAGACAAAGAGAAAGGAGAGGCUGUUUCCAAGAGCACAACGGCUCACUCACACUGCUGAUUCUGAAUUUCCUCAGAACUAACGAGCCUAAAAUCCAGACCCUUCCAGUCCCCUG